AUUUUUACAUUCUUGAUUUCUUGGUUUCGUUGACCGAUCAACUUGUUUAUAAAUUGUUUGUAAUAUAAAUUUAUUUUAAGACAAUAAAUAGUUUUUCAUAAGUAUGAGUUCAUGUGUGUUUCUUCUUUGUACUCGUAAUAUCAUGUUUGUCAAAGUGUGAUCUAAGAGCAUAAUUUGAUAAUUCUCACGUAAUUAAAUAUGGUUAACUGACGUUAUAACAGUGCAUGCUCAAUUAUGGCAGACCCAGGUUAUUAUCACAGUGAUUAUAUUCGUCACCCUGUCUUAUACGAACUGGGUAUCAAGUAUGGAAUAAAGACGGAAUGUAUUCCAGAAAUAGCAUUACCGUCUAAGUUGGAAGAGCUCAAGGAUGUCAUACGUCGAGAGAUACGUAAAGAACUCAAAAUAAAAGAAGGCGCGGAAAAAUUACGUGAAGUCGCUACUGAUCGUAAAUCGCUUGCAGAUGUCGGCAAUAUUGUAAAGCAAGCUAACAUUAAAUUAAAUGAAUUAAAAUCAGACCUUAAUGAAUUAGAAUCCCAACUUCUAUUGUCGCGCGGCCAGUCCACACCAACUUCACCUGAAGACUUAUCUUAUGAUGAAGAGAUCAUCUUGGCUUCGGAGGCGGCGCAGCAACAACGUCAGCUUGGUGAAGGAACCACAGAUCGUAAAUUGGCUUCACUUGAGAAACAGUUAAACAUUGAACAAAAGGUGAAACAAGGAGCAGAAAAUAUGAUACAAAGCAUUAGUGCCAGCAAUCAGUCCCGUGACAAAAAAUUACUGGCUGAAGCUCAUCAGAUGCUUGCAGACUCUAAAGACAAAAUAGAAUAUCUUAAAUUACGCAUAUCUAAACUAACUAAACAACUGAAAGGAGACAGUGCUGGAGCAAAUGGUGAUGGUAGAACUACUGAUAUUACUGGUGUUGAUCCAAUUCUAGAUGAAAGGAUUGCUGAGUUACGAAACAGAUUGAGAAUAGAAGCAGCUGUUGUGGAAGGAUCAAAGAAUGCUAUAAGACUCUUACAAAGUGACAAAAAAGUCAUAGAUAAAAAAGCAUUGCAAGAAGCGCAGACAAAUUUAUUGGAGUCAACACAUAAAUUGGAUUUACUUCGUAGAUCACUGGAUAUGCGUCGACAAGAGCUCCCAGCUGAAAGUGCAGCAUUUAUUGAACUGGGGCAUGAAUUACGAAGCACAGGUUCUAGUCCUGGAUAUGUGAGUUUAACAAGUGGCAGCAGUUCUAGGCCUCCAUUUAUAUCACCAGCUCCUAUGAUUAGUCCCUGUGUCCAAGUGACAGGUACCUUAGAAGUAAGAUUAAUGGGUUGUCAAGACCUACUUGAAGAUGUACCAGGACGCACACGGAGAGAUCCAUUAGCCAGUCCGUCAGAUUUAAAGUCUUUUGUGAAGGGUGUCACAAUACGAAAUUCAAUGAAAUAUACAUACAGUAUUAAAGAGGACACAAGUAAUGAAAUAAUGGCUGUUAUGAAGCUGGACAACCACACCGUGGCUCAAACCAGCUGGAGGCCAUGUUCACAGCAAGCCUGGGAUCAAAGAUUCACAAUAAGACUGGACAAAUCUAGAGAGCUAGAAAUUGGUAUACAUUGGAAAGAUUGGCGUGGACUAUGUGCAGUUAAAUUUUUAAGAUUGGAAGAAUUUAUUGAUGACAUUCGACAUGGUAUGGCCCUGGAGUUAGAGCCUCAAGGUCUUUUAUUUGCUGAGAUCAAAUUUUUGAACCCCAUUAUAUCAAGAAAACCAAAGCUUCAACGACAGAGAAAAAUAUUCAAACAACAAGGAAAGAAUAUACCAAGACCUUCAUAUGGAGAUAUGCACAUACCUGCUGUGGUAUUAGGAAGACUUUUGAAAAGAUCUUCACCAUCAGUGCAGAAUAUACAAAAUGCAGUAACUCACAACCAUUCUUAUGAAUCAUCUGACAAUAAAGAUGCUGAGAAUAUUCAUGCAACAUUUACCGGCAUGGCUGGUGUGCGGCCAUUGGGCUUGCCACAAACAUCAUCUGUGCCCCAAUUGCCCAUACCUCCACCCAAACCCACUCUGCCUUUACUUCCUCCACCUAAUGUUUCCACGCUUAGGAUGGAAAAAGAGUUACAAGAGGCAUUUGCAUUUUUGGAAGAUUCAUAUACAAGAGAUAAUUUUAUAACAAAAGAUUCCCAGUCCUCUUCAGCUUGCAAUACUCCAUUAGUUGAGUAUCCUACAACACCAUCUCCUAAAUUAGUGCUAGAAUAUCCUAGUAGUGAGGAACAGAUUGUUGAAAUAACAAGUAACAUGCGUAUUUCAUCUUCUCGGUCUUCAUCUAUAAUAGAUACUCUAGGCAAGGACUCAGAUUCUAGAAGGCAGUCCGGAGAGAUGUCCAUGAACUGUUUCCGAUUGUUAAGUGUACUAGGCAGAGGUCACUUUGGAAAAGUAAUAUUAGCUCAGUAUAAACCAACUAAUGAAUAUUUUGCAAUAAAAGCUUUAAAGAAGGGUGACAUAAUUGCAAGAGAUGAAGUUGAUUCUUUACUUUCAGAGAAACGAAUUUUUGAAGUAGCAAAUGCUAUUCGACAUCCAUUUUUAGUUAAUUUGUUUGCAUGCUUUCAAACGGAGCAGCAUGUUUGCUUUGUCAUGGAAUAUGCUGCAGGAGGUGACCUCAUGAUGCACAUUCAUGCUGAUGUAUUUACAGAGCCUCGGGCAGUCUUUUAUGCAGCAUGUGUAGUACUAGGCCUACAGUAUUUACAUGAAAAUAAUAUUAUUUAUAGAGACUUGAAGCUGGAUAAUUUAUUACUUGACACAGAAGGUUAUGUCAAAAUAGCCGAUUUUGGUUUAUGUAAGGAAGGAAUGGGCUGGGGUGACCGUACAGGCACAUUUUGUGGGACUCCUGAGUUUCUUGCUCCCGAAGUGUUAACUGAGACUUCAUAUACUCGAGCUGUUGAUUGGUGGGGCCUUGGUGUACUGAUUUUUGAAAUGCUUGUUGGAGAAUCACCAUUCCCUGGAGAAGAUGAGGGUGAAGUAUUUGAUUCUAUUGUUAAUGAUGAAGUUCGUUAUCCAAGGACUCUGUCUUUAGAGUCUAUUGCUUUAAUGAGACGUUUGUUAAGAAAGAACCCAGAAAGACGUUUAGGUUCAUCUGAAAGAGAUGCAGAAGAUGUUAAAAAGCAAGCAUUCUUCCGUAAUGUUGACUGGGAACAGUUACUACUUCGAAAAAUUAAGCCCCCAUUUGUGCCAACAAUCAAUAAUCUUGAAGAUGUUAGUAAUUUUGAUAGUGAAUUUACAUCAGAAGCAGCGGUCCUCACUCCGCCUAAAGAACCAAGAGCCCUUACUAUGACAGACCAUAAACUAUUUACUGAUUUUACUUAUAUGGCGGAUUGGUGCUAGGCAGCUAUGACUUGAAUAAUAGUAUAAUACUACUUUAGUUAUAAUACAAUAAACCCCUAUUGCCUUAACAAACGCGAGUGAAAUAUGUAUUUUGAUAAUAUAUCUAAUCUAUACUAAAAAAAGGUGUCUUAGAAGAUACUCAUGUUGACUUGUAUUUAAAGCAGUUGAAUGCAAUAUUUUAUUAUAAAAUAAAUUGUGUAGUUUAAGUAAGUUUUAAAUAGUGAUAAACUUUAUUUUUUUAAAUAUCAUGUUAUUGAUUUACAUAGUGUAGUCAUAUAUUAUAUAUUCACUUGGAAUUUUAAGCCUAAGAGAAUAGUGUGUGUCAAAAUAAAAGUAUCUAUUGUCAUCUUCAGUCAAUUGUACACUUAUCUUGUGAAAUAAAGUUAUCAACAAUAUAA